GAACCCGGCAAGUCGUGGGCCUUCAUCCGGGGUCUGGGCUACCGCGGCGGCUCCCUCGUUUGCCGCCAGCCGGGACUCUACUUCGUCUACGCCAAGGUGCAGCUGGGCGCCCCUGGGUGCCCGACGCGCGCCGCCACCCUCCACGGCAUCCACAAACGAACGCCGCGUUACCCCCGUGUCCUUGACCUCUUGGUCAAUAAGGUGGUUUAUUGUCCCCAAGCCCAUGGGGUGCCCUGGGCCCGGCACAGCUUUUUGGGGGGACUCGUGCACCUCGAAACGGGGGACGAGGUUUUCACCCGGGUGCAGGCACCCGAGCUGGUGCGGGCGGUGGACGGCACCCGUUCCUAUUUUGGGAUGUUUAUGGUGUGA